AUGGACUGGGACGAUGGAGGCACAGAGCUUGUUGAGGCGUAUGGAGGGCAGCGCACACACGAUCGGCGUGGAGUUCUCCUCACGAACGCUGCGAAUAGGCGACAAGAGCGUGAAGCUGCAGCAGGACAGGAGCGCUUCCGCUCAGUCACGCGGAGUUACUAUCGAGGUGCGGCGGGCGCUAUCCUCGUCUACGACAUCACCAGCCGAUCAACAUUCGAGGGCCUGACAAAGUGGCUGGAGGACAUUCGUGCACUUGCGAGCGACCACAUCGAAAUUGUCCUGGUGGGCAACAAGCUGGAUCUCGCCGAGGACCUCGAGGUCGAGACGGAAGAGGGCGAGCGGUUCGCGAGGGAUAACACCCGCUUCAAGCUGAACGGUAGCGAUACCAAGCUGACACCAGACCUGACCUUCAUCGAGACCUCGUCUCUGACGGGUGAGAACGCCGCGCUUCCUUUCCACCUCGCUGCGCGCUCCAUAUUAGCGGGCAUCGACCAGGGCAACCUAGACCCCGACUCAGCAGGCAGCGGCAUCUCGUACGGCGAGCGCCAACUCCGCGCCGUGGCCGACACAAACACGCCGCGCAUCUUCCGCCGCAGAAGACGGGAUUCUAUCAGCAUCCGCGAGUUUGUCGGCGCGAAGGACAAGUGUGCGUGUUAG